AUUUAGGUACUCACUUGACGUUCUUCGUCCUGGUAGAGCGAGAGCCGUAGGUGGAAGCUCGCCUGUGGAGCAGCCGGCCGGAGAGCAAUUCAACUGGCCGGACUUUGAUGAGGAAGUGGCCAUGCAGCUCCCUGAAAGGCGAUCCCCCACCGGAGGGCAUCUGCUUUCCCGGGUUUCAGCACCACUUACUGUUGGGUAUUUUAUAUGUGCCAUGGUCCUUUACCUGAAAUAACACACCUUACACAAAGAGAAACAGAGGAGAGAGAGAGAAGGCCCAAACCCCCUCCGGAGCUUUCCAUCGUCUCUCUCCCAUAUUACCUCUCCUCUAUUACCUUAAAGAAAGUCAAAGCACAUACAGGUAAUUUGGUAAAUUGUAACAAACCUUAAAAUACGUUACAAAGCUUCCUUUGCAACGGGUGAGGGAAAGACACAGAGACACACUGGAGUCAGAAGCCAUUUUCCUCUCACAAAGAGCCAAAGCUUGUGGAGAGCUUUUAUUUGACAACACACACACCCACAAAUUCCUCAAACACCCUCCUUUGCCUCAGAAAACAAAAGGAAUCCUUCUGAUAGCAUGAAACUCCCCGUCUGACUAGCUUCAAAUAAUGGAACAAAACACCUCGAGCAGAAAGGAGGUUCUGAAAACAUUCAAACGUAUUUGGGUCAGUACUUUCCCUAAAAACAUCUAAACAUAUAUGGCUGAGGUGAACUCUGCUUGAUAUUCAGCUUUUAUCCAUCAGAACCUAUGUGUGAAUGCGAUGUCAGUCAGAGCUUCCUUAUCAAAGUAAGCCGAGUUCUGGUGAAAAAAGUUUGGUUUGCUCUACGUUAUAAAGUUCUUCUCAUCAGAAGAACAUCAGACGCUAUCAGUCAUGUCCACUUCACCCGUUGCAUAGUGGAUCCGAAAGUUGCAGGAGUCGGCUGACCUCUGGCACCGGAGGGCUGUAGAAUACCGUGGUACCGACUCUUCAGUCCAGAGAUGUCUCGGGUCACUACAGCUGGAUGGAACCGUGCGUCUGGAGGACUCUUAAGGAGUCUAAUAUCAGCUUUGUUUCUGCAGGAACUGUUCGCUCAUCAGCUUCUCAGUUGCAAAAAGGUUUUGACGACGUGUCAAAAUCUUUGAUGGUUAAAGAGGUUUACUACAGAUGGCCGGUCUGAUCGAUUCUCUAGAACUAACGAAUCACUCAGGAUGAUCCAGUUUUAAGGUUUAGAUGUUAUGACUUGCACAGCCAAUCAGAGGCUGACAAGUUUGGAGAUGUUUUACUAAGACAACUCAGAAACACGCCUUUGAUAUCGGAUGUCCAGACUGGUAAAAAAAAAAAAAAAAAAAAAGUUAUGUGUUGUAGUCUAACUUAGCCGUACUUUGUUAUUGUGUGAGUGCAGGUGUGAGGACCUCGUCGUCAUAACAUGUUGAACACGUGGCAGGUUCUAGUAGACAUAAACAUAACGUCCAUUCAGCGAGCACAGAUUCCUAUACUAUAUUAUAAGUAGUAAUAAAUGUUUAUUUAAUGAUUAUCUAGAUUAUGAGUCAUGGAAGAAGUUCAUAUUGAUUUAGGAAAUCAUUCUUGAUUUUAGCAACUGAUUGGAGCUGGAGUUGUUCCUUCUGUGGAGGCAGACUGAUGGACCUUGGGAAAGAAAGUUAUUGUUUAUCUUUCAGACUUGCAGAGUCUGUGAGCCCCAGCUGGUAUGAAGGCCGGCUCAUUUAAAGAGAACACAUGCAGUGUUGUGUCUCCUUUGUGACCAGAUGUUGAAUAGAUGGUGAAAGGUCAGACUGUACCUAAACUGACCAUUGCUGGAAGCUACAGGUCAUUUCCUGUCACAUGUACAAAUGUUUCAGUACAUUGUGUGAAUGUUGUGCUGAAACUCCAUUUGAAUUUGAUCACCCCUUCUGUCCUGAGUGGGAAAAUCCGGAAAGCGGUGUUUGUUCCGCUAAAAGAUCUUUUUUUCAUGAUUUUACCAGUUAUCAUCUUCUAUCACAGCAUGUUUGUAAAUUAUUAAACAAGUAAAAGAAAACUGUGUUUGUUCACUUUUUAAACUGAGGAUGUCUUCCUGUCUUCCAUCCAGCUAAGAGAGAGACGUUGCUCGGGCCUUUGUCUGCCAAGUCCAGCCCCAAACGCUGCCCUUCUGAGAACUUCUCCACAGCCUUUGGUCACUUGAUGCCUCGAGAGGAGUACCUGCUCCAUGCACACGAUGGACCAGUUGACAAGAGACGCCAUUCGUUCCACAGCAGCAGUCCCAGGAAGAGACUCCAGUUCACGUCAGCAGACAGCAACGAGCUUCAGGAGUCCGAGUCCUCUCGCCGUGUGAAGCCUCUGGACCCCCAGCUGGGCUGGGAAGAGCAGCGUGACCAGGGUUUACCCGACUCGCAGAACUUCUCAGAGGACUCGGCUCAGCUGGUCUUAGACAGACCGCAGUCGCUGGCCGAGGCAGAAAGGCUGUUGGACGAGCUGACACAGGAGAAGCUACAGAUCGAGGCAGCUUUAAGCAGGAUGCCUGGAGCAGGUGGCCGAGUGAGUCUGCAGACCCGAUUAGAUGAGGUGGCCUUAGAGAAACCGUCUGGAGAGACUGAAACCGUGAUCUGGGAUCCAUCCGGAUGACUCUGAAGAGAUUCCAUGUCCCUCCGAUCUUCUGCUAACAUAUAGAACAUCUGUCUUUGGUUCCUGCUACCACUCAGCACAGCACGGACUGUCCUGCUGUUUGUUUCUGUGCCGUGAGCUCAUCUGUUACUCAACACAUUUUUAUGGCCAUUUCUGAAAAAUACUCUGGGACAUUUUUUAUAUGUUGUAAGAAUAUUGAGAAUUUUGAAGUGUAUUUUUAGUAAAAACACAGAUUUAUAGAGGCGUUUACUUUUUUAGGCUUUGAAAUAUGAAUUUAAAAAACCUGUUUUACCACUGGGAAGGAAAAGUAAACAGCAUAAAUGGGAUUGUUUCAGUACAAAGACAGUCUUUCACCAGGGGGAUACCUCUGCCAUUUUUUUAUUUUGGAUCAGUGGGGAGUUGUAUAUUUUUAUUUGACAUAUGUUUGUAUUUAUUUAUGUGCCAUUAAAAAUAUGAUUUUCAUUUGAAGUUUGUACAUUUCACUUUGGGCCAAAUUUCUGAACUUGAAACUUUUUGUUUACUUGAAUCAAAGAUGCCUUUUUUAUUUUGUUUUAUUUUUGUUGUCUACUUGUCUGAGUUCUGCUGCAGCUCGUGGCUCAGAGCCAAGCCAGCACACUGAUCCUUAAGCACGAAUUUCUAUCACUGCUUGCGUUUCACCUCGUGGUGUCCAACAGAGACGUGACCCUUAUUGGACCUGUAAUGCUAUUUCACAAUAAAAUAAUCUGUUUUAUGAA